AAUGUCAGAAUCUUUGCCAGAUACGAGGAUGCCAAAUUGGGGAGGAGGAGCCAAAUGUUCGGCCUGUGAGAAGAUGGUUUACCAUGCGGAGGAGAUCCAGUGCAACAGCCGGAGCUUCCACAAAACCUGCUUCAUUUGCAUGGUUUGUCGUAAAGGUUUGGACAGCACAACAGUUGCAGCACACGAGUCUGAGAUUUACUGCAAAUCCUGCUACGGCAAGAAAUACGGUCCCAAAGGUUACGGGUACGGCCAGGGUGCCGGAGCGCUGAGUUCGGACCCGGUGAAUAAUGAAGAACUUCAGCCUCAAGAGCCUAAAGCUCGUCCGACAUCUGCGAACUCGAACCCAAGCAAGUUUGCGCAGAAAUUUGGGAGUACGGAUCGAUGUCCCCGCUGCUCCAAAGCAGUCUACGCAGCAGAGAAAGUCAUGGGCGCUGGAAAGCCCUGGCACAAAACCUGCUUCCGCUGUUUAUUGUGUGGGAAGAGCCUGGAGUCCACCACGGUGACGGAUAAAGACGGAGAGCUCUACUGUAAAGUUUGCUACGCCAAAAACUUUGGUCCAAAGGGGCGGGGCCUUGGGAACAUGGGCGUGGUCGAGGACACUGAUUGACAAGUUUAAACCAACCCAGUGCAGCCUCCUUUUCACUGCACACAA